GGGACAGCGGUUGGGAGGUCUAUAAUACAGUAUAAUAUUCACACGCCACAUACCCUCCAGCACUUCUCUGAUUAAGAUAGGGACAUCCCAAGGAAAAGCGGAACAUUCUGGGAUCAAAUCAGAAACCAGGGUGGCUUCUCUAAAUCGGGGAGGUCCCUGGAAAAUACAUAGCUGCCAAGUUUUCCCUUUUCUCGCGAGGAAGCCUAUUCAGCAUAAUGGAAAAUCCCUUUAAAAAAGGGAUUAACUUGGCAGCUAUGAAAAUAGGGACACUUGGAGGGUCUGCACACUACUGCUUCCUCUGGCAGCAGGGACUCAGGGCAGUUUAUUGAUAAAAACAAGAACUGCUUAAAACAUGUGGGGAAACAAUAGUUAAAAAACAAUAGAACAUUGAUAAAAUUAAAACUGUAUAUAAAAUCUAUUGAAACCAUACAAAUAACUAUGUAUAAUAACACAGCACCAGCACCAGCCAGGGUCAGCCCAAAACAUUUUGGUACCUAAAGUGGACCCCAAAUAGCGCCUCCUUUUCCCACCAGGGAGGAAGGGGAAAGUGAAUUGUUUUAAACAUUUUGCUUUGUUGGGGGAUUGAAAUAAACUAGGCAGAACACUGGAGAAGACAGCAAUCACCAGAUCAGGGUUAGGAAACCUCUGGCUUAUAAGGCUGUUUCUUCCAAACCACAAAAUGUGGGAAGUAGAGAUGUGGUCUUCCAUGGGGAACUUGAUCAUGCAGGCAAUCCCUGCCACAAUCAGCGUUGCCAUUCAUAUGCUCAAUCCUUGAGGAGCGCUGAGCAGAGGCCUUGCAAAGUGCUUCACACUGAAGUUUCAAUGCAACUAGCUGGCUGCCAUGUGCUUGGGAAACACUUCCCAAGUACUUUGACAGGUGGACAGAGCAACCCACCUGUCAAGUUUGGUCCAUGGGGUGGGGACAGAUAAGCAUCUGGCCCUCCUGGCUGAAAAGGUUUCCGAACUCUGAACUACGCAGAUCUGAUGUUGGAGAAAAGCUUAUUCCAUGCUUAAAGGUAAAGGUAAAGGGACCCCUGACCAUUAAGUCCAGUCGUGACCGACCCAAGACCUAACUGCAAAUUGUUCCAGAAUAAAUAGAGAGACAGGCCUAUCUAUUCCCACCACUCAGAUAAGAUUAGUUAGCAAUGGGCUGGAGCUGGGUCGGCUUUAAAAACUUUAAUCUCUCUUCCUCUGACAAGAAAACACAACCCUCAGUUACAGGUGCAAAUAUGUAUAAAGUGGACAUCCAGCCAGAUCUAAAAGAAGCAGCUGCCAUUGAAGCCCGCAGGAACCGGGAGAAGCAAAGACAGAGCCGCAUCUUUAAUGCUCGCUACCGCACAAUGGGGGUGGAUGUAGAAGGUUUGAAGACCCAGGUGGAAGAACGAAAACUCAGAGAAAUUGCAGAGAAACGACGUGAUGAAGCUUUCGAUGCAGAUCGGGUGCAGUGCGACAAGAUUGCACAAAUGCUGGAAGAAGAGGAGCGCCAACGGAAAAAACAGCUUCACCAGGCUAUCUUGGAUUUUCACAAGCGGGAGCAGCAGCCCUCCAUGCGCCGUGAGUGGGACCUCUAUGACCCGGAGGCGGCACGCAAAGCCCUCCCAGCCCGUGUGAGUGACGAUGACCCUCGCUGUGGCCCUUCUAGCAUGCAGCGCUUUGCUGGUGAGGACCAGAUUGCGCACGCUCGGCAAAAACUUCUAAAGGAGCAGAACAAACGCGUCCUGGAGGAGCAGAGAAGUGAACGGGAGAAGGACCUUGCUGACCGUAAAUAUGCUGACCUCAUGGAAGACAAAAAGAGGAUAGAGCUGGACCUACGAGCCCUGGAACUGGCACGUUUGGAGGACGAGUGUCGCAAGGCCAAAGCCAUGGCAAUAGCUGACUUUAACCGAGCCCAGGCUGCAGAGGUUGCUGAGCAGCAGCGGCUGGCCCAACAGCGUGAGCAGGACAAUAACUAUGCAGAAAUCCACAACCACCUGACGGGUGACCUCCUGACAGAAAACCCUGACAUCGCCAAAAGCCUUGUGGGCCCACACCGUGUGAUCACGGACCGCUGGAAGGGGAUGACCUCUGCAGAAGUGGAGGCUGUGCGGAAAGCACAGGAGCAGCAGUGUAAGGAGAAGCAGAGGCUGAGGGAAGAAGAGCAGCAGUUGGAGGCUGAAUGGGACCGGCAGCGUGAGUUGGCUGGCCGUGCCGCCAUGGAGAUGGAGCAGCAGGAGCAGAAUUUUCGCCAGCAGCUGAGAAAGAGCCUGGAUGCCUAUAACCAGGAUCUAGCGGAUGCACAGAAGUCAAAUUUACAGUAUAUGGAAAAAGAGGUCUACUCCAAUGUACCCACAGCCCAGUACCACUUGCAGUUUAACACUAGCAGCCGCUGACCUGAAGCAUGACAAACCCAGUUCCAAAGCUGGCUGGAAUGAAGGAUUUGCGUUCAGUAAAGUAUUUUUUGUGCAGUAUUUACAAAGGGAGUCAUCUGCUGGCUGUAAUGUAGAAUUACAAGGACAAAGCAACUGAUGUUUGCUAGACCAUAGUUUCCAUUUAGACCAGUUUCCAUGUUAUUGCAUGAAGACCACUCUACAAUUGCUCCACGUGGAUGUCUAUACCAGUGUAAAAUGUUGCCCAACCACAUGGCAAGCUAUUAUGAUUGUUAAGUGCAUUGAAGUGGCUUCCCUAAUGCGUGAACGGGUCCCCGGAGAAGAAAAUUAGAGUAAGGGGCUAAGGUGGUUUGUUUUGCACACACAUCACAGAACAGAGUGCCUCAACAACAGAAUGCAAGGGAACAUCUCUAUAUAGCUUUUCCUCAGGAUCAGGUGCUAGUAUUUCUGGGAUUUGUAGGUGGUUUAGCUCAGAAUGGUUUGCUUAUCCACAACAGCCAAGAAAUAAAACAAAGCCAUUGGGGCAAACUGCACGGUCAGCUUCUUCCUCUCAUCAGGGACUAAACAUUA